CGCUAUAGUUCUAGAUCCCUAACUAUGGCCGGAAAGGGUGAAGGUCCCGCUAUCGGCAUUGACCUCGGAACCACCUACUCUUGCGUCGGCGUGUGGCAGCAUGAUCGCGUCGAGAUCAUUGCAAACGAUCAGGGCAACCGCACCACCCCUUCCUAUGUUGCUUUUACGGAGUCCGAGCGUCUCAUUGGCGACGCCGCCAAGAACCAGGUGGCCAUGAACCCUAUUAACACUGUAUUUGAUGCAAAGCGGUUGAUUGGAAGGAGAUUCACUGAUCCAUUUGUUCAGAGUGACGUCAAGCUCUGGCCGUUCAAGGUUAUCUCUGGUCCAGGUGAUAAACCCAUGAUUGUUGUCCAACAUAAGGGUGAGGAUAAGCAGUUUUUUGCUGAAGAAAUUUCUUCCAUGGUCUUGAUGAAAAUGAAGGAAAUUGCUGAGGCCUACCUUGGUACUGUUAUAAAGAAUGCGGUUGUCACGGUCCCUGCUUACUUCAAUGACUCACAGCGCCAGGCCACAAAGGAUGCUGGUGUCAUUUCUGGCCUCAAAAUAAUGAGGAUAAUCAAUGAGCCAACUGCCGCUGCUAUUGCUUAUGGUCUUGACAAGAAGGCUACCAGCGUUGGUGUGAAUAAUGUCUUGAUAUUUGAUCUUGGAGGUGGAACCUUUGAUGUCUCUCUUCUUACAAUCGAAGAGGGUAUUUUUGAGGUCAAGGCUACUGCUGGUGAUACUCAUCUUGGUGGUGAGGAUUUUGAUAACCGCAUGGUUAACCAUUUUGUCCAGGAGUUCAAGAGAAAAAACAAAAAGGAUAUCAGUGGUAACCCUAGGGCUCUCAGGAGGUUGAGGACAUCAUGUGAGAGGGCCAAGAGAACACUUUCCUCCACUGCACAGACUACUAUUGAAAUUGAUUCCUUGUAUGAAGGCAUCGAUUUCUACUCCACCAUUACAAGAGCCAGGUUUGAGGAACUUAAUAUGGACUUGUUCAGGACGUGCAUGGAGCCAGUGGACAAGUGUUUAAGAGAUGCAAAGAUGGACAAGAGCACUAUUCAUGAUGUGGUUCUUGUUGGCGGUUCCACUAGAAUUCCUAAAGUACAGCAACUGCUGCAGGAUUUCUUCAAUGGAAAGGAGCUAUGCAAAAGUAUCAAUCCUGAUGAGGCUGUUGCCUAUGGUGCUGCUGUUCAGGCUGCUAUUUUAAGUGGUGAGGGCAAUGAGAAGGUUCAGGACUUGCUUCUUCUGGACGUCACACCUCUCUCGCUUGGUAUUGAGACUGUAGGAGGAGUCAUGACUGUUUUAAUCCCAAGGAACACCACCAUCCCCACAAAUAAAGAGCAGGUCUUCACCACUUCUGCCGACAACCAGUCUGUUGUCUCGAUUCAGGUUUAUGAGGGUGAGAGGACCCGAACCCGAGACAACAAUCUACUUGGAAAGUUUAAUCUUUCUGGCAUCCCCCCUGCUCCAAGGGGUGUCCCUCAGUUCACAGUGUGCUUUGAUGUUGAUGCCAACGGUAUCUUGAACGUCUCCGCUGAGGAUAAGACUACUGGGCAGAAGAACAAGAUUACCAUCACUAAUGACAAAGGCAGGCUCAGCAAGGAGGAUAUUGAGAAGAUGGUGCAGGAAGCUGAGAAGUACAAAUCAGAGGACGAGGAGCACAAGAAGAAGGUGGAAGCUAAGAAUGCUCUGGAGAACUACGCCUACAACAUGAGAAAUACGAUCAAGGGUGAUAAGAUUGCAUCGAAGCUUGCUGCUGCUGACAAGAAGAAGAUCGAGGAUGCCAUCGAGCAGGAAAUUCAAUGGCUUGAUGGCAACCAGUUGGCAGAAGCAGAUGAAUUCGAGGACAAGAUGAAGGAGCUGGAGAGCAUUUGCAAUCCCAUCAUUGCCCAGAUGUACCAAUAG